AUGGAAAAUACCAUCCUCAAAACAUUGCUUCAUCAUGGAACAAUGAUGCUCCUUGCUUUGAUUCCUACCCUUCAGCUUAUGUGGAAAGACGCCAUGAUCUUCCAGUCGACCACCGCCCGUGUUCGCUGCGUACUCUACAGCCAGAUUGUGUUUGUGGCGAGCCUCAUAGUGAUGGGCCUGCUCCUCGUUGUCGGAAGUGCUUGUAGCUUCAGUAACCUCUACUGGAACUGCCCGGUGUUGAACGUCUACUACGCCGUCUCGUGGCUCUGCUUGGCCAUUGGAAUCCUCCAAAUUCUGCUUGGGUGCAUCAUCGCUGUCUUCCUUUACUUACAGCCACGAUGUGCUAAAAGAGGCAAGAAGUAUACCCUUAACACCUCGCAACGUCCCGAGGGUGACAAACUCGUCUUGAUUGGACCGGAGGGAAACCAAUUAGGAGAGAUAUGCGAAAGUCCCGUUCAUAGCGUCUCCCACGGCAAGUGGACUAUCCACCUGAAUUCUGCGCUUCGUAACACCAGCCGAGAAGGCAGAUGCCUUUGCUGUCAGUCAGUGGCGACGAAUUUUAUCACUUGGUUCCGUCCAGUCGCCAUCAUUUUCCUGUUGUUAAUGGCCGGUCACCUCGCAGCAAUCUCACUCACCGCUGCUUUCAUCCUUCGCGCUCAAGAGGCGGAUACCGGUCUUGUUGCGGAAGUCUCAAAUAUCUUUGUCGAGGCGAAACCAUUCUACCUUCAAACAUCCUCCGACGUGUCGGAGUCGGCAGCAGCGAGAUGCUGGCUGCCACUGGAAUCCGAUCGGAGUUGCUGCGGUGCUCGAAGCGUCCAGGAUUGGAUCGGUGACCCAUUGCACACCAACAACCUGGCAGGUGAUGCUGCUGAAAAUCAUAACCUGGAAGUAAUUAUGAAAAGGUGCAGGUGUUACAAGGAGAAGCCCAGUGUCUGCAAGAACACAACCCUAGUGUUUCCAACGAAUCACUCGACUCACGCUCUGGUGUACAGUCGCGGAUGCUCCGAGGUGGUCUACGGCGAUAUCUUGCGUGACCUGCAUGGGCCUGAGUCGUUUUACCCCGCGAAAACAUCGUACAUCUUAAUUGUCUCCAUUUUAGUCUUCAGGCUUCUUGUUCCCACGAGCCUCUGCGUUGUCAUGAUAGCCUGCCUCCUGUCCGUCAUUGUAACCUUAAGAGUGGCCAACCUGGAACUUGGCGACGCCGAAUCGCCCUCCCUCACGACCGCCAUCCACGGCCGUGCUAACGUGAAGGACACCCCCCCACAGACCGACCAGAAACCCAAGAGGCUGUCAAGCGUGGCAGGGCCAGCUCUGCGCAAACUGAACUUUGAAGGCGACUCGUACUAA